CAGUCAGUAGGGAUUCUAAACAAAAUAUCAAGGAGGCCGUGGGAUGUAGUAGGUAAUGAUAAAAAUGUAACUUGUGUUUUUAUUAAAGUGAAUUUGUAAAAAUGGCUAGUUCGUAUUUGGAAAGCAAAAUUAUGGAUUUGCAAGCACGUCUCCAACGAGAAAAUGAAGCUAGUGAAAGAGACCACAUGUCACCCGAGAUAGGUGGAGGAUUGGGGAGCCCUAGACCUGGAUCUGGAAGAAGGCCCAAAAUAUUGGAAGUGGGAACGCCACGGAAGGCCAAACCACCUUUCGACUUACCCGUUAUGUUUGCCCAACCUAAAGUACAAGAUGCCAAUGAAAUAGAUGGUAAAAUGAAGGAAAUAAUGCAACUCAGUGGGAUUCUCUGUAUUGAUGGAAAGAAAUACCACACCGAGAUGACCAAAGAUCUAGAAGAUCUAGGCGAGUUAGGCAAUGGAACUUGUGGUCAUGUUGUCAAAAUGCUUCACAAGCCUAGUCAAAGAGUGAUCGCAGUGAAGCAAAUGAGGAGAUCGGGGAAUAGUGAGGAGAACAAGAGAAUCAUCAUGGACCUGGACGUGGUGCUUAAGUCACAUGACUGCAAGUAUAUAGUGCAGUGUCUGGGCUGCUUCAUCACGGAAGCGGACGUGUGGAUCUGCAUGGAACUAAUGGCCACCUGCUUCGACAAGCUGCUCAAGAGGCUGCGACAACCUAUCCCCGAGCACAUCCUUGGCAAAGUCACAUUGGCGACUGUAAAGGCGUUACACUAUCUCAAGGAGAGUCACGAUGUCAUCCACAGAGAUGUAAAGCCUUCAAACAUCCUGAUAGAUGAAAGAGGCAACGUGAAGCUGUGUGACUUCGGAAUUUCUGGCAGGCUGGUAGACUCAAAAGCGAAAACAAAAAAUGCUGGUUGUGCUGCUUAUAUGGCUCCCGAGCGGAUAGACCCACCCGAUCCUCGGAAGCCGGCGUAUGACAUCCGAGCAGAUGUGUGGAGCCUUGGGAUUACUCUGGUGGAGCUGGCCACUGGAGUGUUCCCCUACAAAGACUGCAAGUGUGACUUUGAGGUCUUGAGCAAAGUGAUGCAAGACGAUCCCCCUUCACUACCCACCGAUAAGAACUUCUCUACUGACUUCCAGAACUUUGUUAAAAUGUGCCUGACCAAAAACUAUAAAAACAGGCCCAAGUAUAAAGAACUGCUGGAGCACCCGUUCCUCAAGCUUUACGAGAAGGAGAAUGUGAAUGUAGCCGCAUGGUUCGCGCAAACCCUGAGCCAGUGUGAGCCUCCUCCUGCCCCCGCCCCGUUCACACACAUGUCCUCAAGGUUCACACCACCUCCACCCUCCCCAUCUACACGUCGGCAUGUGCCUAUAGCUCUACAUCACCACCGUUCCCUAUCGGAGACUGGCUCCUACAGUAACGGGGAGGUGGCCUGUGAGAGGUAUCCCCCGUUCCGAGUAGGGGAUCCUCCGCCUGUGUCACCCCGCUACCACGCCACCCCUCCUGACUGGGACCGUAAUCGCAUGUACAGUGGAAUGAUGCCUUCGCCGAUCCCUACAAGAAAACGCUACCCUGACAACACACCACCUCCUGGAAAUACCAGUCCUCUAGUCCUGCAGAGGUUCUACCACCAACAGAGCCAGCACCACAGCAGUUACCCCACGUCCCACAGGUCCACCUCAGUGUCUCCAUGUAGACAGUACAACUCUGAGGGUGUCAAACUGGAGGACAGUGGGACCAAGAAGCGUUUCUCAUCAUAUGUCAAACUACAAGUCACAAGCUCACCUGCCCCUCACAGUCCGGAACCUCCGCCUCGCCACAAUAUUUCUUAAAUAGUAAUGUUUGAC